CCCAAAUCCAAUCUGAAUUCACUUUGCUACUGCAGUGUACAGGUAGAGCGCCGUGAGAGGUGAUGACGGUGAAUCUGUGAGCCAAGGAAGUUGUAGCACGCUCUCAGCCCUAAGCUUAGAGGUAAAUUUGAUUUUGGUUGCAUCCUGUGAAUGAUCAAUCAUCCAGAUCCAAAGAACUUUGAAGGUUGCUUUGAUUGAUCCACAUGGCAUAUGAAUUAACCGAGAUGAAGAAGGCCGGUAUAGGCCUGAUUGGUUUCGGCAUCUUUUUCACAUUCCUUGGAGUUGUUCUUUUCUUCGACCGCGGCUUGCUUGCUCUCGGAAAUAUAUUUUGGUUGGCAGGGGUAGCCAUUUUACUUGGAUGGCGUUCCAUGUUUAGUCUCUUUACAAAUCCAGCAAAUUAUAAGGGUACUGCUUCAUUUCUUCUUGGCCUCUUUUUCAUUUUUGUGAGGUUGCCCAUAGUUGGCAUUCUAUUUGAAAUAUACGGCUGUUUUGUUCUCUUCGGUCGUUUUUGGUCAUCGAUCAAAGUUUUCCUCUAUCAUAUCCCUCUUCUUGGAUGGAUUAUACAGUUUAUUUCCCCUCCGUGAUCUGGUUUCUGUUCAAUACAAUGGCUCAUCAUUGUCGAUGCUCGUGUUGCUUGACUUGUGUAUAAGAUGUAUGUGUUUCUUAACCGGCUUCUCAAGAGUUAUGUUUCUUCUUAGGUUCUAAUUGUUAAUUUACUUUGCUUUGUGAAGAUCAGAAUUGCACUCAUCAUUUGUUUUUGCAACAAGUAUCCGUUAAGUAAGCCAUGUUUAAGCAUAACUAACACUCUUAGUUUGCUAAAGAAUAUUAUUAAAGUGAAGUAACUCCAUUAAGGAACACUCUAGUUGAUGUAAUAUUAAAUGGAGUCUUUGUCUAGACGAAAACAUUAUUUUCAUGUGUAAUUCUUUAAAAUUGAGUGUAACACAAAUCCUCCAGAAAAGUUAAGGGAUGUCUCAAUGUUA